CCGCCCACACACCCAUCAAACCCCGCCGGCCGCCCUUCUCUGCCACCCCGCUUAGCCCGGUCCCCACCAGCCCCGGCUUCAGCGACUUUAUGGUGUACCCGUGGAGGUGGGGGGAGAACGCGCACAACGUCACCCUUAGCCCCGGACCCCCGGCCAGGCUCCCUAUGCACCCUGCCGAGCCUGGCCAAGCUGCCCGGGAGCCCGUCCAUGAUGCCAUCAGCCCCGGCCUGGCCAGGAGCAGCGGAGGAGGAGAGAUCUUUAAACUCAUUUGGUUCCCUUUCACAGGAUGGAAUCCGACGUGGCCGUCCAAGAGCAGAAACGGUUCGAGACUUGAUAAGUGAGGGCGAACACUCUUCAAGCAGGAUUCGGUGCAAUAUAUGCAAAAGAGUGUUUCCUCGAGAGAAGUCUUUACAAGCCCAUAAAAGAACACAUACAGGAGAGAGGCCUUACCUUUGUGACUAUCCUGAAUGUGGGAAAGCCUUUGUACAGAGUGGACAACUAAAAACACACCAGCGCCUGCACACCGGAGAGAAACCUUUUGUUUGCUCAGAAAAUGGUUGUUUGAGCCGUUUUACACAUGCAAACCGACAUUGCGCCAAGCAUCCAUAUGCAAGAUUGAGAAGAGAAGAACCGAACAGUAAAACCGGCAAAAUGCAAGUUGCUGAUAACAAAGAUACAGCAGAAUGGUUGGCAAAACACUGGGAAGGACAAGAACAGUUGCCGCCAACAUUAAAGAUGAAGCCCCUUCAGAAGGCAGACCAAGAGCAGCAAGAUCCACUAGAAUAUCUUCAGUCUGAUGAAGAUGAGGAAGAUGAAAAAAAUGGGCCUCAUUCUGCUGCUCGACGCUGUCUCCAGGAGCAGCGAGAGCGUAUGCAUGGCGCUCUGGCCCUGAUUGAGCUAGCCAACAUAGCUAGUUCACAGUUGCGCCAGUAA